AUGUAAGCUUGUGCUCCCUGCCAUCAGGAAACAGAAGGCGAAUUUUCCUCUCUUGCAACUAAUCGGCAUCGCAUCCGUCUCGGACGCUUACUUUUCAUCCACAUCGUCUUCGGUGCAAUAAAAAUCAGCUAAACUGGACUCGGAACUGGUCAGAACAGGACAGCACACUGAAGUUUCCUUUUUCCUCGGGAGGCUAAACGCAAUGGACGCGGUUCAGGGCCUGGUAAAAUCUGAUGAUUUUUGCAAUUCUUUUUUUCUUCAUAUAUCUGCAUCACUAGAGCCAGCCUUUGGGGAGGUGAACCAGCUAGGCGGUGUUUUUGUGAACGGAAGACCCCUACCCAAUGCCAUCCGGCUCAGGAUAGUAGAGCUGGCCCAGCUGGGCAUCAGGCCCUGCGACAUCAGCCGGCAGCUCCGCGUCUCUCACGGGUGUGUGAGCAAGAUUCUGGCUCGGUACAACGAAACCGGCUCAAUACUUCCCGGCGCUAUUGGCGGCAGUAAACCGAGGGUCACGACCCCAACUGUAGUCAAGCACAUUAGGACUUACAAGCAACGGGACCCUGGCAUUUUCGCUUGGGAGAUUCGAGACAGACUGCUUGCGGACGGUGUGUGUGAUAAAUUCAAUCUGCCCUCAGUCAGCUCGAUCAGUAGGAUUCUCCGCAACAAGAUCGGAAAUCUGUCUCAACAGAACCAGUACGAGUCGAGCAAACAGGCCGCUCAUCCUCAGCCUCAACCCGCCCUCCCUUACAACCACCUGUACUCGUAUCCCACUCCAAUCUCCGCCACUGGGACUAAAGUACCGACUCCGCCUGGCAUGCCCACUCUUCCUGCACACAUGGCAAUGCAUAGGAUAUGGCCUUCUUCUCAUUCUGUAACAGAUAUUCUUGGCAUUCGAUCAAUAACGGAGCAGCAAAUUAGUGACAGUCCGUCCUUUCCCAGCGCCAAACUAGAAGAAUGGAGAGCUAUUAACAAGAGUAAUUUUUCACCAGCGAUUUCUCCACUUGUCAAUGGUGUGGAUAAGCCUCACUUAGAACCUGAAGCAAAAUACACACAGACGCUGAAUGGAUUGCCCACAGCGAACAGUUAUGUCACAGCUCCCAGCAUCCAUCCUUCCCAUCCUCCCACCCAAGUGUCACUCUACACGGGGUACAACGGCACCACGUCGGCCUAUGUGACCGGCCCCACAUGGCAGCCGCCCAGUGGCAGUGCUCUCUCUCCCCACAGCUGUGACAUCAUCAGCUUCAAGAGCACGACGGCCACGCGAGACUCCGUCCACUCGGCUCUGGGACUGUACUAGGGUCAAAGAGAGAAUACAAGACAAUCACGGACCUUUUCAUCCUGGCUCUCUCAAGAUGGAUCGAUCUUAUCGCUUUACGAUAUUUAUGAAAGACGUCCUUGUCGGACGAGCCAUGUACUGUUGUGAAUGCCCACAUUCUCUCGCACCACAUCAGCAUCUCGCACUUGUCUGCAAAGGACAAAAAAGAGCUAUGAGGGAGGAUGUGCAAAGGCCUUCCCGCCUGAUCUGAGCAGAGGUUUUACCAGUAAAGAACAGCACCAGUGGUGUGCAAUGCACUUGGUCUGAUAGUGGUGGCUGUUCCUCAUGAAAUUGCAUCAUCACUAGCCCAAGUCAGGUUUUGGUGCUUCUCUCUGUGAAUAUAUUGUUUGUGUAUGUUUUCAAGAAAAUGAAUGAAUAAGCAAAUCUCAUGUAAAACAACUGACCAGUUUGCAUUUAAAUAUGUUUUUUUCAGGGUGUUCAAAAUUGCUAAUGUCUAGAUGUUCUGCAUUGUUCCUUUUUUUGUUCAAUGUUUUUGAUAAAAAUCGGAUUUUUGUCGUUUUGGA